CUCAGAGCCUUCCAUGCGGUGGGAUUUUUUUCUGAGCUGAAAAAAUAAAAUAAAAUAAAAAAUAAAUCACAAGCCUGACCUGCUUUUUUCCCUCCCUCUUUCCUUUCUCCUCUUCAUCCAGCCAAGCUGAGGACUAUCCCAAUUGCUAAGGGGAAGAAAAAGGGGGCAAAACCCACCACCACCAACCAACCCCCAGCACGCCCCAUUCCUGCUGCCCUUUGACAUGCAACCUUCCUUGAGAUGGGACAAGCCGGGAUGCAGCUGUGGCUUUGGAAGGAACUGGGGAAAAUUUGGGAUCUUUGCUCUCAUGAUGGUGGAAGUGAGCUCCUGGAGCCGGGUGCUGCUGCUCUCCGUGGGGCUGCUGGCUGUCUCGGUGACUGCGCAGAACUGCAGUCAUGUUUUGCAGGGCCCCAACGGGACAAUACAGAGUCCAGGGUUUCCGUAUGGAUAUCCAAAUUAUGCAAACUGCACAUGGACAAUCACUGCCGAGGAGCAGAACAGGAUACAACUUGUUUUCCAGUCCUUUGCAUUAGAGGAAGAUUUUGAUGUGUUAUCUAUCUACGAUGGACUGCCUCAGCAGGGGAAUCUGAGAACAAGGUUAACGGGUUUCCAGCUGCCUGCUCCUAUUGUGAGUACAGGGGUUGUGCUGUCCUUGUGGCUUGUGAGUGAUUACGCAGUCAGUGCUCAAGGCUUCCAGGCUAACUAUGAAGUUCUACCGAGUCAUACGUGCGGAAAUCCAGGAAGGCUGCAGAAUGGGAUUCAGCAAGGGACGACCUUCAGCAUCGGGGACAAAGUGAGAUACAGCUGUAAUCCGGGUUUCUUUUUGGAAGGCCACGCGUUGCUCACGUGCCAUGCCAACUCGGAAAACAGUGCUUCCUGGGAUUUUCCUCUCCCCUUCUGCAGAGCUGAUGAUGCUUGUGGAGGGACUUUGCGGGGACAGAGCGGCAUUAUCUCAAGCCCUCAUUUUCCUUUGGAGUACGGCAAUAACGCGGACUGCACGUGGACUAUCCUUGCUGAACCUGGAGACACUAUUGCUCUGGUUUUCAUGGAUUUUCAGCUGGAAGAUGGAUACGAUGUUUUAGAAGUUGCUGGAACGGAGGGAUCUUCGCUCUGGUUUACUGGGAUGAAUUUGCCUGCCCCGGUUAUCAGCAGUAAAAACUGGCUGCGGCUUCACUUCACAUCAGAUGGCAACCACAGGCAGAAGGGAUUCAGUGCCCAGUAUCAAGUCAAAAAGCAAGUUGAACUGAAGUCCAGAGGGGUGAAGCUAAUGCCCAGCAAGGACAAUAACCAGAAGACAUCAGUGUUAACUCAGGUUGGUGUGUCCCAGGGACAUAAUAUGUGUCCAGACCCUGGGAUUCCAGAGAGAGGCAAAAGAAUAGGCAACGAUUUUAGGUUAGGCUCCAGCAUCCAGUUCACCUGCAACGAGGGCUAUGAUUUACAAGGGUCCAAAAGCAUCACCUGUAAGAGAGUGAGCGACAUAAUUGUGGCAUGGAGUGACCACAGGCCGGUGUGCAGAGCUAGGAUGUGUGACAUGUACCUCCGUGGUCCCAGCGGCGUGAUAACUUCUCCCAACUACCCCGUACAAUACGAUAACAAUGCCUACUGCGUGUGGGUCAUCACUGCGCUCAAUCCAGCCAAGGUUAUCAAACUCACCUUUGAAGAAUUUGAACUAGAAAGAGGAUAUGACACUCUGACAGUGGGUGAUGGAGGACAAGUCGGAGACCAGAAAACUGUGCUUUACGUCUUGACAGGUACCACAGUCCCCGAUCUCAUCGUUAGCACGCACCACCAGAUGUGGCUCCUCUUCCAGACAGACAGUGUCAGCAAUUUGCUGGGAUUCAAAGCAACGUAUGAAGAGAUUGACCAAGGGAGCUGCGGUGAUCCUGGGAUCCCAGCCUACGGCAGGAGAGAAGGAUCCACGUUUCGCCACGGGGACAGCUUGAAGUUUGAGUGCCAGCCUGCCUUUGAGUUGAAGGGACAGAAAACAAUUACCUGCCAAAAGAGUAGCCAGUGGUCUGCUCAGAAACCAGUUUGUGUUUUUUCCUGCUUUUUCAACUUCACCACCCCAUCUGGGAUUGUGCUGUCACCAAAUUACCCGGAAGAAUACGGAAGCAGCUUGCACUGCGUUUGGUUAAUUAUAGCUAAACCCGAGAGCCGCAUUCACUUGGCUUUCAAUGAUUUUGACGUGGAGCCCCAGUUUGAUUUCCUAGCCGUGAAGGACGGUGGCACUGCUGAAUCUCCAGUGCUGGGGACCUUCUCGGGAAACCAGAUCCCCUCCUCCCUGACCAGCAGCGGUCACGUAGCCAGACUGGAGUUCCAGACCGACCACUCCAUGGAGAAGAGGGGCUUCAACAUAACCUUCACCACCUUCAGGCAUAACGAGUGCCCUGAUCCUGGCGUGCCAGUGAACGGGAAGCGCUUUGGGGACAGCCUGCAGCUCGGCAGCUCGGUGUCCUUCCUGUGCGACGAGGGCUUCAUUCGGACCCACGGCUCAGAAACCAUCACCUGCAUCCUGAAGGAAGGCAAUGUGGUCUGGAACAAUGCAGUGCUCAGAUGUGAAGCGCCCUGCGGGGGCCACCUGACAGCGCCCAGCGGAACCAUCCUGUCCCCCGGCUGGCCUGGCUUCUACAAGGACUCGCUGAGCUGCGCGUGGGUCAUAGAAGCCCAGCCGGGCUACCCCAUCAAGAUCACGUUUGACAGAUUUAAGACGGAGGUGAAUUACGACACCCUGGAGGUGCGAGAUGGCCGGUCUUACUCCUCCCCGCUGAUAGGUGUCUAUGAUGGGACUCAGGUGCCCCAGUUCCUCAUCAGCACCAGCAACUACCUCUACCUCCUCUUCACCACUGACAAAAGCCACUCGGACGUAGGCUUUCAGAUCCGAUAUGAAACUGUGAAGCUCCAGUCGGACCAUUGCUUGGAUCCGGGCAUCCCGGUGAACGGCCAGCGUCAUGGGAAUGAUUUCUACGUGGGAGCACUGGUGACGUUCAGCUGCGAUUCAGGCUACACCCUGAGUGACAGCGAAGCCCUGGAGUGUGAGCCGAACUUCCAGUGGAGCCGGCCGCUGCCCAGCUGCGAGGCCCUAUGUGGAGGUUACAUUCAUGGUUCCAGUGGUACCAUCUUAUCCCCAGGCUUCCCUGAUUUUUAUCCAAAUAACUUGAACUGCACGUGGACAAUAGAAACAUCACAUGGGAAAGGUGUGUUCUUCACCUUUCAUACCUUUCACUUGGAGAAUGGCCACGACUACCUCCUCAUCACGGAAAACACCAGCUUUGCUCAGCCCCUGAAGCAGCUGACAGGCUCCCGGCUCCCUGCCCCACUUAGUGCAGGGCUCUUCGGAAACUUCUCCGCUCAAAUCCGCUUCAUCUCAGACUUCUCCAUGUCCUAUGAGGGUUUCAACAUCACCUUCUCAGAAUACGAUUUGGAGCCCUGUGACGAGCCAGAGGUCCCAGCCUACAGCAUCAGAAAGGGGCUGCAGUUCGGCGUGGGGGAUGUCCUCACUUUUUCCUGCUUCCCGGGCUACCGGCUGGAGGGCGCAUCCCGCAUCACCUGCCUCGGGGGGAGACGGCGUGUGUGGAGUUCGCCUCUGCCAAGGUGUGUUGCUGAAUGUGGUUCUUCUGUAACUGGAACCCAAGGUGUUCUGCUGUCCCCCAACUAUCCAAUAAACUAUAACAACAACCAUGAGUGCAUCUACUCCAUCCAGACCCAGCCAGGAAAGGGGAUCCAGCUGAAAGCCAGGACUUUUGAACUGGAGGCAGGAGAUGUCCUGAAGGUCUACGAUGGCAGCAAUAGCUCUGCUCGCCUGCUGGGCUCCUUUAGCCGCUCUGAAAUGCUCGGCACCAGCAUAAACAGCACUUCCAGCAGCAUGUGGCUCGAGUUUAUCACCAAUAGUGAAAACACAAGUAAAGGCUUUGAGCUGCAGUUUUCCAGUUUUGAACUCAUUAAAUGUGAGGACCCUGGCAUCCCACAGUUUGGCUACAAGGUGCACGACGAGGGACACUUUGCUGGCAGCUCCGUGUCCUUCAGCUGUGACCCGGGCUACACGCUGCGAGGCAGCAGGGUGCUGGUCUGCCUGACAGGGGAGCGGCGAGCUUGGGAUCAACCCCUGCCGACCUGCGUAGCCGAGUGUGGGGGUACUAUCAAAGGAGAGUCGUCGGGACGGAUCCUGUCUCCCGGCUACCCAACGCCCUACGAUCACAAUCUGAAUUGUAUUUGGACCAUAGAGGCAGAAGCCGGUUGCACCAUCGGGCUCCACUUCAUGGUUUUCCACACUGAGGAGUUCCACGAUGUGCUGAGGAUCUGGGACGGUCCGGUGGAGAACGGCAUCCUCCUGAAGGAGAUGAGCGGAUCCAGCUUACCCAGCGAUGUCCACAGUACUUUCAACUCUGUCAUCUUGCAGUUCAACACAGAUUUCUUCACAAGCAAGCAGGGCUUUGCUGUGCAGUUUUCAGUUUCCACUGCUACUUCCUGCAAUGACCCAGGAAUUCCCCAGAAUGGGAGCCGGAGCGGUGACAGCAAAGAGGCUGGUGACUCCAUCAUCUUCCAGUGUAAUCCAGGAUACGCUCUGCAAGGGGAAGCCAAAAUCACCUGCGUGCAGAUUGAGAACAGAUUCUUCUGGCAACCAGACCCUCCCUCCUGCACAGCUCCCUGUGGAGGCAUCUUGACAGGACCGGCAGGAGUGAUCUUGUCCCCGCAGUACCCAGAGCCCUACCCGCCGGGGAAGGAGUGUGACUGGAAGCUGACCGUCUCCCCCGACUAUGUCAUUGCCCUGGUGUUUAACACCUUCAGUUUGGAGCCUGGCUAUGAUUUCCUUCAUAUCUAUGAUGGCCCCGAUUCACUCAGUCCCCUGAUCGGAAGCUUUUACGGCUCCCAGAUACCCGAGAGGAUAGAGAGCAGCAGUAACAACCUCUUCCUCGCUUUCCGAAGUGAUGCAUCGGUCAGCAACACUGGAUUUGUCAUUGACUACACAGAAAAUCCCCGGGAGUCGUGCUUCGACCCUGGUUCCAUUAAGAAUGGCACACGAGUGGGCACGGAUCUGAAGCUGGGAUCUACGAUCACCUACUACUGCGACGGGGGGUAUGACAUUGAAGGGGGCUCCACGCUGACGUGCAUAAUGGGAGGGGAUGGAAAACCCACGUGGAACAAACCUCGACCUACCUGUACAGCACCCUGUGGUGGGCAGUACACAGGCUCGGACGGCGUCGUCCUCUCUCCAAAUUAUCCCCAGAACUACACCAGCGGACAAGUCUGCCUGUACUUCAUCGUUGUGCCGAAGGACUACGUGGUCUUCGGGCAGUUCGCCUUCUUCCAGACCGUGCUCAACGAUGUCAUCGAAGUCCACGAUGGCCCCAACCAGCAGUCCCGGCUUCUCAGCUCCCUCUCAGGCUCUCAUACAGGUGAAUCAUUGCCAUUAGCUACCACCAACCAGAUUCUUAUCAAAUUUACUUCCAAGGGUCAGUCUACAGCCAAAGGUUUUCAUUUUGUCUACCAAGCGGUUCCUCGGACCAGUGCCACCCAGUGCAGCUCAGUGCCAGAGCCCCGCUAUGGCCGGCGGCUGGGCAGCGAUUUUGCGGUGGGAGCAGUGGUGCGGUUCGAGUGCAGCGCUGGCUACGCGCUCCAGGGCUCCCGCAGCAUCGAGUGCCUCACCAUGCCCGGGGCGCUGGCUCAGUGGAACGUUUCGGUACCCACCUGUGUCGUGCCAUGCGGUGGAAAUUUGACUGAACGCAAAGGAACCAUCCUGUCCCCUGGCUUCCCUGAGACGUACCUGAAUAGCCUCAACUGCGUGUGGAAGAUAACGGUUCCCGAAGGAGCAGGGAUACAGAUCCAGGUGAUCAGUUUUGUUACUGAGCAGAACUGGGAUUCCCUGGAAGUGUUUGACGGAGGAGAUAACACCGCCACCAUGCUGGGCAGUUUCUCCGGAACUACAGUGCCUGCGCUGCUGAACAGCACUUCAAACCAGCUCUAUCUGCAUUUCUAUUCGGAUAUCAGCGUCUCUGCUGCCGGCUUUCACCUGGAAUACAAAACCGUCGGUCUGUCCAGCUGCCCGGAGCCCCCUGUUCCUGGGAAUGGCCUGAAGGUUGGUGAACGCUACUUAGUGAACGACGUCGUCUCUUUCCAGUGUGAACCAGGCUAUGCGCUGCAGGGCCACUCUCACAUCUCCUGCAUGCCAGGCACUGUCCGCCGCUGGAAUUACCCACCGCCGCUUUGCAUCGCCCAGUGUGGAGGAACGGCAGAAGAGAUGGAAGGAGUGCUCCUGAGCCCGGGGUUCCCAGGGAAUUAUCCAAGCAACCUGGACUGCACAUGGAGGAUAUUGCUGCCGGUGGGGUUCGGUGCUCACAUCCAGUUCCUAAACUUCUCCACUGAGCCGAACCAUGACUUUGUCGAAAUCCGCAAUGGGCCGUACGACACCAGUAACAUCAUCGGGCGGUUCAGCGGCACUGAAAUCCCAGGCUCCCUCCUGUCGACGUCUCAUGAAACCACCGUGUACUUCCACAGCGACCACUCCCAGAACAAGCCAGGCUUCAAGCUGGAAUACCAAGCCUACGAGCUGCAGGAAUGCCCUGACCCUGAACCUUUUGCUAACGGCGUUGUAAGAGGAGCCGGUUACAACGUUGGCCAGUCCAUCUCGUUUGAGUGCCUACCAGGCUACCAGCUGAUCGGCCACCCUGUCCUGACCUGUCAGCACGGCACCAACAGGAACUGGGACCACCCGCUGCCCAGGUGUGAAGUGCCCUGUGGGGGGAACAUCACCACCCAGAACGGUACAGUUUACUCUCCUGGCUUCCCCAACCAGUACCCCAAUUCCCAGGACUGCGCUUGGCUUCUCACAGUGCCGGUGGGCUAUGGAAUCCACCUCAACUUCACCCUGCUGCAGACAGAGCCCUACAAUGAUUUCAUCACUGUUUGGGAUGGUCCACAGCAAACAGCCCCACAGCUCGGUGUGUUCACUGGCAACUCUGCUAAGAAAUCAGCCCAAAGCUCUUCCAACCAGGUCCUGAUGAAAUUCCACAGUGAUGCAGCCAACGGAGGGAUUUUUGCCAUUUAUUUCUACGCCUACCAGCUCUUCAGAUGUCAGCCUCCGACCAUCGUUCCCAACGCAGAAAUCAUCACCGAGAACGAAGAAUUUAACAUAGGUGACAUAGUGAGGUACAGAUGCCUUCCUGGCUUUACCUUGAUUGGAAAUGAAAUCCUGACCUGCAAACUGGGCACUCACCUGCAGUUCGAAGGACCUCCCCCAACAUGUGAAGUGCACUGUCCGAUGAACGAGGUUUUGACAGACUCCACCGGUGUGAUCCUCAGCCAGAGCUUCCUGGGAAGUUACCCUCACUUCCAGACCUGUUCGUGGGUGGUGAAGGUGGAGCCUGGGUAUAACAUCUCCCUCACCAUCGAGUACUUCCUGAGUGAGAAGCAGUAUGAUGAGUUCGAAAUCUUCGAUGGUCCCUCUGGCCAGAGUCCGCUGCUCCUGUCGCUGAGUGGGAACUACUCUGCCCCUCUGACCGUCACCAGCAGUGGGAACAAAGUCUAUCUCCGUUGGUCCUCUGAUCACACCUACAGCAGAAAAGGCUUCAAAAUCCGCUACUCCGCUCCUUACUGUAGCCUCCCGCAGCCGCCGGCCCACGGGCUCAUCCUCAGCCAGACGGGUCUGCACCCUGGCAGCACGCUCCGCUUCGGCUGCGACGCGGGCUACCGUCUUGUCGGCCACAGCACCACCACCUGCUCCCAGCACCCUCAGGGCUACUUCCACUGGAACGAAGCGAUCCCUCUGUGCCAAGCUCUCUCCUGUGGAGUUCCCAGAGCCCCGAGGAACGGCGUUGUCUUUGGGAAGGAGUACACAGUGGGAACGAAAGCCGUGUACCAGUGCAACCAGGGCUUCCAGCUGCAGCCCGGCGAGGAGCCCAGCACCGAGUGCCUGCAGGCAGGGCAGUGGAGCAACGGCAACCAGCCCCCGCAGUGCGUGGCUGUCACCUGUCCCGAUAUCAACAGCAUUGCAGUUGAGCACGGGCGGUGGCGGCUGACCUACGAGAUCCAGUACCACUACAACGCCCAGCUCAUGCUCAUCUGUGACCCCGGCUACUACUACACGGGCCAGCGGGUCAUCAGGUGCCAAGCCAAUGGCAAGUGGAGCAUAGGCGAGCCGAUGCCGACCUGUAAAAUCAUCUCGUGCGGAGAGCUGCCGACCCCGCCGAACGGGAACAAGAUCGGCACGUUGACCAGCUACGGGGCCACAGCCAUCUUCUCCUGCAACACUGGCUACACCCUGGUCGGGUCCCGCGUGCGGGAGUGCAUGGCCAACGGGCUCUGGAGCGGAGCAGAAGUGCGAUGUCUGGCGGGGCACUGCGGGGUGCCCAGCCCCAUUGUCAACGGGCAGAUCAACGGGGAGAACUACAACUACCGUGGCAGCGUGGUUUAUCAGUGCAGCCCUGGCUUCCGCCUCAUCGGCAUGUCGGUGCGGAUCUGCCAGCAGGAUCACCGCUGGUCUGGGAAGACGCCUGUCUGUGUGCCCAUCACUUGCGGCCACCCUGGCAACCCUGCCAACGGCUUGACGCAAGGGAGUCAGUUCAAUCUGAACGAUGUGGCUAAGUUUGUGUGCAACACUGGGUACCACCUGGAAGGAGCAUCCCAGUCCCAGUGCUUGGCCAAUGGACAGUGGAGCAGCACCCUGCCCACCUGCCGCGUUGUAAACUGUACUGACCCUGGGCACCUGGAAAACAGCAUCCGUCAAGUGCAGCCAAGUGGUCCUCACAGAUUCAGCUUUGGAACAACUGUCUCAUAUCAGUGCAGCCAUGGAUAUUACUUAUUGGGUACACAUGUCCUUACCUGUCAGGGGGAUGGCACUUGGGACCGUGCCCUCCCACAGUGUCUUUUGGUCUCCUGCGGCCACCCCGGCUCACCCCCCCAAGCUCAGAUCUCAGGGGACAAGUACACCGUUGGCUCCGUGGUGCGGUACAGCUGCCUCGGGAAGCGGACGCUGAUCGGCAACUCCACUCGCAUGUGCCAGCUGGAUGGGCACUGGAGCGGCUCCUUGCCGCACUGCUCAGGAGGCAGUCAGGGGAUGUGCGGUGACCCGGGGAUCCCGUCCCACGGCAUUGGGCUGGGAGAUGACUUUGAUGUCGGCAGCGUGGUCCGGUUCAGCUGUGAGCCCGGUUACAUGCUCCGGGGCUCAUCCGAGAGGACCUGCCAAGCCAACGGCUCCUGGAGCGGCACGCAGCCGGAAUGCGAAGUUAUAUCCUGUGGAAAUCCAGGAACCCCCAGCAACGCGAGGGUUAUAUUUAACGACGGCUUGAUUUUCUCCAGUUCCAUCAUAUACCAGUGUCGGGAAGGCUAUUACUCCACAGGAGUGCUGAGCAGGCACUGCACGGUGAACGGGACCUGGACUGGGACCAGUCCGGAGUGUACAGUGAUCAACUGCGGUGACCCCGGUGUGCCAGCCAACGGCAUUAGGCUGGGCAGUGAUUUCACCUACAAUCGAACAGUGGUGUUCCAGUGCACGCCUGGCUACAUGAUGGAGUCAGACAGGGCAUCUUCUCUAACGUGCACGAAAGACCGAACCUGGAAUGGCACCAAACCCGCCUGCAAGGCUAUCAUCUGUAAAUCCCCGCAAGCCAUCCCCAACGGGAAAGUUGUGGGCUCGGACUUCAGCUGGGGGUCCAGCGUGAGCUAUGCCUGCCUGGAGGGGUACCAGCUCUCCCUGCCUGCCGUGCUGACCUGCGAGGGCAAUGGGACUUGGAGCGGGGAAAUUCCCCAGUGCUUUCCCGUGUUCUGCGGUGACCCGGGGAUACCCGCUCAAGGCAGGAGGGAGGACAGAGGCUUCACCUACCGUUCCUCCGUCUCCUUCUCCUGCUUAGCCCCGCUCGUGCUGGUGGGAUCGGCCCGGAGGUUCUGCCAGUCCGAUGGGACGUGGAGCGGGACCCAGCCCAGCUGCAUAGACCCCAGCCUCACGACGUGCGCAGACCCCGGUGUGCCUCUUUUUGGGAUGCAGAACAACUCCCAGGGCUACCAGGUGGGAAGCAUCAUCUUUUUCAAGUGCCAGAAGGGGUACCUGCUGCAGGGCUCCACUACCAGGACCUGCCUGCCCAACCUGACGUGGAGCGGCGUGCAGCCGGAUUGUGUCCCUCACCACUGUAAGCAGCCGGAGACCCCCUCCCAUGCCAACAUCGGAGCCCUGGAUUUGCCAUCUCUGGGCUACACCUUGAUCUAUUCCUGCCAGAGCGGGUACUAUCUCACCGGAGGAUCUGAGCAUCGAACCUGCAAAGCAGACGGCAGCUGGACGGGGAAACCCCCCAUUUGCCUCGCUGAUGUCCGCCCCAGCGGGAGGCCGGUCGGCACCGCGCGGGACCCGCCGCUCGCCAAGGUGUCAGUGCCUGCUGAUGUGUUUGCAAGGAAUUCCCUUUGGAAAGGCUCCUACGAAUACAUGGGGAAAAAGCAGCCUGCGAUGCUGUCUGUCACUAGCUUUGACCCCACCACCAGUAAAGUCAACGCCACUUUGAUAGACCACAGUGGCGUGGAGCUCCAGGUGUCUGGCAUUUACAAGAAGGAAGACGUGCACCUGCUUCUCCAGGUUUAUCAAAUAACGGGGCCGGUGGAGAUCUUUGUCAACAAGUUCAAAAAUGAUAAAUGGGCUCUAGAUGGACACGUCUCGUCAGAGUCUUCAAGCGGCACGUUUGUGUACCAGGGCUUUGUGCGUGGCAAAGGCUUCGGGCAGUUUGGCCUUCAGAGACUUGACGUCAGCAUGAUGGAAAAUGAUCCAGAAUCAAUAGGACACCAUUUUGCAUCAAACAGCAGUUCUGUGGCAGCUGCCAUUCUUGUGCCUUUCAUAGCCCUGAUUAUUGCAGGGUUUGUGCUUUAUCUCUACAAACACAGGAGAAGACCCAAAGUCCCAUUCAAUGGCUAUGCGGGCCACGAGAACACCAACGUCCGAGCGACGUUUGAAAAUCCGAUGUACGACCGAAACCUGCAGCCCACGGACAUCAUGGCCAACGAGACGGAGUUCACAGUCAGCACGGUGUGCACAGCCGUAUAGCACCCGGCCCCUCCGUGAUUCCUCCGGGGUCGGUGUCUAGUGGAUGAUUGUGUUUCAUUUCACUAGUCUCCAUCCAUUCCCUCCCCAUCUCCCUCCUCCCAACUUCGUUGAGGCUGUGGAGAAGCUGCUACACCUCGUUGGACUUUGCGUUAACUCCUGAGAGACCGCAGGGGUGUCCUCUCGUCGUCCUCACCCAUCCUCUCCACCCUGCCGUGGAUAACGAAGCCAACCAAAGGUCCACUCCGGCACAGCUCGUCUCUCCCACCCUGCCAGUGGGGCUCAGCCCAGCAGGAGGACCUGGGGAAGUGGAGGGCCGGGGAGGCGAGGCAAUGGGCAGGCUUUGACAACCUGCUCUUGGUGGUGUGUUCCUGGAGGGAGCAGUUGGGGUGUGCGGGGUCCCACCAGCUUCCCCCUGCUUUGGGAAGAGCUCGGACAACAGAGAGGUAAAAGCAGGUUGCACCACACAAGGUGCUGGUUGGGGUUUAUGGAAGAUACCGGUACGGGACAGGAUGAGUACUUGCUUUGUCCUUAUUCGGUUUCGUGGGUUAUUUCUUUGUUGUUUUUUUCUAAGCCAGGGCUUUUGCAGAGGAAGAGUUUUCACAUGGGACCUUUUCAGUGAGAAAAGCAGAAUUGCGCAAGCUUUUCUCCUCUUCCCCCUAUUUAAGUAUCCUUUGGGCAUUUUUGCUGGGUUCUUUCUGCCCCGUGUUCGUUUCAGGCAGCUCUCGGGGCUGGUAGGGAGAUGUCCCCCCAGCCCCAGCCCUCUCCCAGCAGCUGCCAGUUUUAGCUGUGUCCAGACACCCUCAACAGGAAAUUGCUGACGGACACAAAGGGACAAAAACCCCUUUAAAAAGAACUCUUAACAAAUACUGGUUUCCCCCAGUUGCGUUCAAAAGCCUUUGCCCUUUCCAUAUUGAUCCUCCAAAUGGCAAUGCAAUAAGAGUUUUAAUUUCUAUCCAAAGCUGUUCCCUUUAUUUCCCAGAGGCAGAAAGGUUGCCUUGGCUUUCAGGAGAGCAGAUAAGACGGCUUGACAUUUUUCCUCCCUUAGAAGAGAACGAUGCUUUUGUGAUGACACUGUCCUCCUCUAAUAAAGAGGAGAGCUGCUUUUGUUGAUUCGGGGUUUAGUCUGUUUGGUUUGAGUCACCGUUUCUUAGGCCAGGCUGGAGUCGAGGAACGCACCAGUGCCAUCGCACCGGCUGCCGGUCGGGUGAAAGCCCGCUGACGUGCGUGUCGGCGAAGCAGCUGCUCCUCGCAGAAAGCUCGAAGGGAAAAUGGGAUUAAAACAAAUGGGGUGGCGUUUACAUCCGUGCUUGCAUCCAAACGCUGGCUUUCCCCCUACCUAAUGUCAGCUGAGGUUUUGCCUAAUGCAAACCACAGGGUAGUUUUGGGUUUUUUUUCUGUUUUGUUUAUCCUUUUACUCCGUGUGUGUGCGCGUGUGUCUGUAUAUAAAUAUAUAUUAUUUUUUUUACUUCUGUCUCUUAUUCAGUGCUCUUAGGGUAAGCAGCGUCCUACAGCCUAAUGGCUGAACAGCCAGCCUGCCAAAAAAUGCCAUCUCUGCUCUCCAAAGCACGCAAAGGUGCUCCGAUUUAUUCCUGAGAGGUGGGUGCAAGCGCAUGGGUGAGCUGGAGCCCUGCUCCGGCAUGGAUGGGACCUGCUCCGGCACGGACGGGAGCUGGCGCGGCGCUGCCCGGUGGCCGUGGGCACGCAGGUGGCUCAGGGCCAGUGCCGGCCCAUGUGCUGCAGCAAGGUGUGACCCCAGCUCAUGCCAAAUACAGGUGGGUGGGUGGGUUCACCUUCCAGCUGGUUAUGGGACUAAAUGCCUUGGGGUAGGCAGGCUGGCAGCAGUGCCUGCUCCGCUCUGGGCACCUCCAGCCUGCAGGAGAUGUACCCCAGAGCAAGCUGAAGGGUAGGUGAGGAGACCCCAGCCAGGCUGCGGUGGGGUCUGUGGCCGAGGCAUGUCUCCCCUCCAUCAGUUGAGCGGCUGCGGUGAAGGCGCAGGGAGCUUCCUCCCCUUUACACCGGUGUAAUGAGACCCAGAUACCUCCCUGGCUCCUUGGCUUGCAAGUAGGCAGCUAGUUCCCAGCUCCAGCGCUGCUCUCCUGGCCCGCAUCUUGCCCCGAGGUCCCUUCCAACCUAAAUUAUGCUGCAGCUCGCACCCUUGGCCAGACCCACAGCCCGUCCUCCUGGCCGUCGUCCAUCCCCCAUAACACAGCCGAGGGGUCAGGCUCCCUCGCCGAGCGCAUCCCGAAGGAUGACGCUGAACCGUUCUGCUGUAGCUGCUGCGCUAGUGCCAACAGCUGCAGUGUCCCGGCUCCUCUUCCAGUACCCAAAUCCCAAACAUCCAGCACCAUCCCGCAACAGCAGGACUUGAAUCUUCCCAGGCUCCUAUCACUGAGCUCAAGAAAAACCUCUCCCAGCUGCGACCGGUGCCGAGCCCUGGGCACGCAGCGAGGAGGCGCAGGGAUGCACACACAGGCACGCAGAGCCCGCGGUUGCUUUCAGACCUUGCUGAAUCCCGCUCAUCCCGUGGGAUGGCCAGGAGAAACUUGUAUCAAGGUGGGUAAAAUGAACCCGAGGGGUUUGAACACCCGAGGCAGGGAGAAGGGGGGGGCUCUACUGAAACAAGACUUGCUGCUUUCAACCCAUUAAGUACCAUUUUCUGCUGUUGCCCAAGCAACAAAAGAAGUGGAGGGGGUGUUGUCCCAUUUUUUUGCAAGCUGGCUGGGACCCGAUACAUGACAUUCUCCAUUCUUGUGCCCAGAGGACUUGCAUUA